AGGACAGGAGCUGUGUUUGGCUCUGUUCUUGUCUGGGAUGAGCAGGGCUCCUCUUGAUAAGGCUGCUGCGUAAGAAAUCAGCUAAUUAUCAGUUUGUUAAUACUCCAACGGCAUUUUUGAGGACAGGCCUGUGUGGGAGAAGCCAACAGUGAAACUUUGGCGUGGUGUUCCUUUGCUGUAGCUGUCAUGUGAGCCCUUUUGGGUGCUAUCUGUCCAAGGGGUGUCACCACAGGGGCUGAUUGAGGAGCCCUGCUCUGUGUCCUUGCACACGCAGGCCUUGGCAGUGAACAGCAUGUCAGGCUGUGGCUGGGAGCUUUGUCUUCCUCUCUUUGUGACCUCUGGUACAUUGCCUAAAAGCUCAUGGUUGUUUCCUAGUUAAAGACUUCUCUACCAGAGAAAUUAAAAUUUUAAUGUUGUUUCUGGAGAUGCUUAAGGCUACACUGGACCCUGAUCUCACCACGUCUACUUUGAUUAGGUGAUGUUGAACAGACUCUCCCAAUAUAAAUUUUUCUAUCAUCCUGUCAUCAAUGCAGGAAUUAAUAAAUGACAAAAUUUGUUUGGAUUCUGCAGAAAUAGAACUUAUCCUUUAUAACAAGCUCAGGGCACUUCUCUAGGUGCAAUCGCUGCUCAUGCUGUAGAUUUUUCUGCUUUAAAACUGCAGGCUAAACUGAUGCUUGCAUGUCAACACCUGUCCCCAUUAUCUGUCCUUAUUUGUGUCAUUCCCUUCUGCCAAGGAGCUUGGAUCCAGUGCAAAAUAAUCCCCCUCCAGGGGCACUGAAGGCAAAAAUCUAUACAAAUUCCUUGGCAGUUUUGAGCAGAGAGUGAGCAGCUUUCAGGCAGGGUGGAGGAAUCUGAGGCCUUUCUCCUCUGUCAGCACUGCAGAGCAGGUCGCCUCUGAUUUCACAUCUCGCUUCCGCCUGCCAAGCUGUCUGAUAUGUCGGGACCCGUGCCGAGCAGGGCCAGAGUUUACACGGAUGUGAACACACACAGACCCCGGGAGUACUGGGACUAUGAGUCUCACGUGGUUGAGUGGGGAAAUCAAGAUGACUACCAACUAGUUCGAAAAUUAGGCCGAGGCAAAUACAGUGAAGUAUUUGAAGCCAUCAACAUUACAAAUAAUGAAAAAGUAGUUGUUAAAAUUCUCAAGCCUGUUAAAAAGAAGAAAAUCAAGCGUGAAAUCAAGAUCUUAGAGAACUUGCGAGGCGGUCCCAAUAUAAUCACUCUUGCAGAUAUAGUAAAAGAUCCAGUGUCUCGAACACCCGCUCUGGUUUUUGAACACGUAAACAACACAGACUUUAAGCAAUUAUACCAGACAUUAACAGAUUAUGAUAUUCGAUUCUACAUGUAUGAGAUUUUGAAGGCUCUAGAUUACUGCCAUAGCAUGGGAAUCAUGCACAGAGAUGUCAAACCUCACAAUGUCAUGAUUGACCAUGAGCACAGAAAGCUUAGACUAAUAGACUGGGGUUUGGCUGAAUUCUAUCACCCUGGCCAGGAGUACAAUGUCAGAGUGGCUUCCAGAUAUUUCAAAGGACCUGAACUUCUUGUAGAUUAUCAGCUGGUGAGGAUAGCCAAGGUUCUGGGGACAGAAGAUCUGUAUGACUACAUUGACAAAUACAACAUUGAGCUGGAUCCACGUUUCAAUGACAUUUUGGGCAGACACUCCCGUAAGCGAUGGGAGCGCUUUGUCCACAGUGAGAACCAACACCUGGUGAGUCCAGAAGCUCUGGAUUUCUUAGACAAGCUGCUGCGAUAUGACCACCAGUCACGACUCACAGCAAGAGAAGCCAUGGAACACCCCUACUUCUACCCCAUUGUGAAAGACCAGGCUCGGAUGGGCUCGUCCACCAUGGCGGGUGGCAGCACUCCUGUCAGCAGUGCGAGCAUGAUGUCAGGGAUUUCUUCAGUGCCAACACCUUCACCCCUUGGACCUCUAGCAGGCUCCCCCGUCAUCUCUGCCACCACCACCCUGGGGAUGCCGGUUCCAGCUGCUGCGGGCGCCCAGCAGUAGUGACGGGCUCUGUCUCCUGCUGCCUGAGCUGAGUCAGGUGGGGAAGAGGUUUCCCCCUCCACCUCUCCUCAGGACGCAGCUCGUGCCUGGCAGGGGAAGGGAGGGGAUGAACGCUUUGGAGACACCGUGUCUGAACUGUUGCUUGUGGAUUUAUAGUAGUUCAGUCAUUAUAUACAAAAUUAUUAUAGGCUGAUUUUUCUUUUUUUACUUGAACUUUUCGUAACUCAGGGGAUUCCCUGAAAAUACCUACAAAUGGAAUACUUCUUGGACAGUUUUUCUUUCCCCCCCCCACCCCUCCCAAAAAAAAAAAAAAAAAAAAAAAACACCAACAAAACAACUCUUCAUGUAAUAACAAAGAUGAAUCAACAGCAUUUCCAAGCUCUUGCAUCCUGCUGGAAAUCUCUUCUCUUCAUGUUCCCACCAUUAUUCCUCCACAAGCCUUGGGGGAUUGUGCUGUUCUCCAGAGACUACCAAACCAAGUCUUCAUGAGGCAGGGGAGGGGAUUCUUAAAGUACCACUUACUUGAACCCCAAGUCCUGCAUAUGUCCCAGCCAGGGUACACUGAGGAGACAAUUCCAGUAGGGAGAGGUGGGAUAAGCUUAAAAGGAGUAAGUGCAGAUAGCGUCCAAACCCCUAAUUGGAUUGGAUAAUGUCUCCUUAGGAGUCAACCAGAAUGCUAACUCACCCCUUGCAUGUAAUUUUAGUCUUAAAAAUGAAGUUACUGAUCCAGUUGGAGUCCUUGGCACCUCCUGAGACAGGUGCUCCUGUAGAGUAAGCCCUGCUCUCAUCAGCCCCUUUCUCAUGGAGGGUUCUUCCAGCCAUUGCUUGGCUUGGAUCUCUGGAAUUAAUUUGUUAUUGGGUAUAUUGUUUUUAAAUUGUUUCUAUAGGUUUCGAGCUGGUGGCUACUUAAAGCUGGAAAAAUCAGACUGCGCCAAGUCCGAUCCCACAUCUUCACCCACCAUCCCCUCCCUCACGUGCCAUGUGGUGAGAAUACCAGUUACCUCACAGUCUUGUAAAUAUGCACUGAGAGGAAGGAGCCAGGAGACGUUAACUUAAACUGAAAUGGUAGAUCAGUAAUUGUGGACAAAUAUUAUCAUUGACAACUGAAAAGCACCCUUGUUACAGCCCUGCUACCCCUUGCUGUGUAUAUAUACUUUGUCCUUCAUAUGUGAAAGAUCCAGUGUUGGAAUUCUUUGGUGUAAAUAAACAUUUGGUUUUAUUUAUCGA